ACCACAAGAACAUCUUGCUGCUCUUUUGGGCGGAGCUCUUUCAGCUGGACAUGUUCAAAUCUUACUGCCAGUCUCGGUCAUCACAUCGCGAGGCCAGAUUCUGUUUCCAUCGGCGUCCGGGAAGAAGGCAAAGAAGACGGCAUCUACGAGCGUAUCGCAGUCGCUGCUGCAGUGGCUGCUCGAGCCUGUUUGAAUGGUCUGAUCUACUCGACCACCAAAUCACGAUUCCGUCUGGUGAGGCGACCAUGUUCAGCGGAUUCGAUGACAGCGAGGACGACACACCAGCAUGGCUAGCAAGUCAUCAUCAUCUGGGGAUUCCAAGAACUCGGUGGUGUCCGAACUCUCGAUCAAAUCGGCCAUCCUGUCGGUUCUGACAAACAUCUCGAUCGACGCCAGCGUCCUUGUCGAUGGUCUUGAUUCGUUCUGCACCCAGCUGUCGACGAGCAUUGCGCAGAUCACAGCACAGCUUGCCAAGGACAGCGAGUAUCUGCAGCACACAUCGGCUAACGCAAAGCAGCGCUAUGACAUUGGUCCUGCUGAUGGCGGGAUCUGGGGUGAUGAGGCGAGCGAGGCGCUGGGAUUGCACACGUCCAAGGACGACAGGCUGUACUGGGGUCCCUAUCACCAGCUGCACCCACUCAUCACACUGCUUGGCCGUGCCAUGGCACUCAAGGCAACCACAGCUAUGCAUGCACCGCCUGCCAGCGCUGCGACGACCCUGAUGAACCGCUGGGCCGAUGUUGUCGCCAGCAUUCUGCCGACCCACUACGCAAACCCGUCCUGGUUGAUGGUGUUUACCAAAUCGCCGACGCGCUCAAGUUUGUGACAACGAUGAACC